CAGAGUUGAUACUGGAGUUCCCAGCUUUUCGAAUUGCAAGCCAGAUAAGCUCUUAGUCAUUAUAAGUUACCUGAGCUCAGGUUUUGUUACAUUUACAGAAAAUGGAUGAAGACAGCAAGACGGGAUUCAUCAGAGGUCGGGGUUUUGCUAAUGCUUAGUAACUCUAAGGAUGAGGGAAGAAAGACUGUCAAUCACAUGCUAGUCUUUGAUGAAUGAGUAGACAGUGGAGAGGUGAAAUCAAGGUGUGGCCAAAUGUGAAACUCAGAAGAAGAAGGAUGGGGGUAUACAUGAGAGUGGAGGAAGAGUUGCCUGCAAGUUGCAUUUUGGCUGGAAGAAGACACAUAACUCACUCUUCACAGCACUAUUUGAUGAAAAAGAAAAUGUGUCCAACUGCAUCCAGUUGAAAACCUCAGUUAUUAAGGGUAUUAAGAAUCAAUUGAUAGAGCAAUUUCCAGGUAUUGAACCAUGGCUUAAUCAAAUCAUGCCUAAGAAAGAUCCUGUCAAAAUAGUCCGAUGCCAUGAACAUAUAGAAAUCCUUACAGUAAAUGGAGAAUUACUAUUUUUUAGACAAAGAGAAGGGCCUUUUUAUCCAACUCUAAGGUUACUUCACAAAUAUCCUUUUAUCCUGCCACAUCAGCAGGUUGAUAAAGGAGCCAUCAAAUUUGUACUCAGUGGAGCAAAUAUCAUGUGUCCUGGCUUAACUUCUCCAGGAGCCAAGCUUUAUCCUGCUGCAGCAGAUACCAUUGUUGCAAUCAUGGCAGAAGGAAAACAGCAUGCUCUAUGUGUUGGAGUCAUGAAGAUGUCUGCAGAAGAUAUGAAGCCAUUGAAACCUAGUUUGCCUUCAGGAUUGCAUUCUUUCUUAAGAACUCUGAAAAGAACUCAUUGCCAGGACAGCUGUUUUGUAUUGAGAAAGUCAACAAAGGAAUUGGCAUUGAAAAUAUCCAUUAUUUAAAUGAUGGGCUGUGGCACAUGAAGACAUAUAAAUGAGCCUCAAAAGGAAUGCACUUGGGCUAAAUAUGGAUAUUGUGCUAUAUCUGUGUUUGUAUUUGUGACAGCAUGAAGAUAAUGCCUCUGUGGUUAUGCUGAAUAAAUUCUACAGAUGCUAGAA